GGUAACGUUAGAGUCGGUUUAAAUCGGGCAUUUAAAGACUUCUGAUGAAGCGGAUAACGUGUUUAGAUCCAAAAUAAACCAUUAAAGCGGGUACAAUCGGAAGGCAUUGAGUAUGGACGUGAAUUUGACGAUCUCUCUGAUGAGAGGGCAGAUGGGGGUGGUGAUAGAGAAGGCAGUAAACGCCGCUGUGGAGACCGUCCUGGGUGAGAUGAUCCGGGUGGUGAGUCUCAAAUUCGAGCAGCUCCGCAGAGAAAUGUCGGCUAAAGAGAAGGAGAACCAGGACAUCAGGAAAAUGUUGGAGACCUCCCGGUGUCAGAUGAAGAUCCUGCGGCAGAAGUACAUCAGCGCUGUGAGCGUUAAAGAAGACAGACACGCUUUUGUUCAGCAGCACAGACUCACACUGGGUCAGUUCUCAGUACCGACAUCUACAAACACACAGCAUGUUCCUGCUGACCCCAGCAGAGACCAGGUCCCCACCGUCAGAAGAUCUUCUAACACCUCAACCACCUCCCCUAGUGAUUUUCACCCUCCUGCCCCUCUCCCAGUUACUGCCCCUGUUCCUAUUACUGCCCCCAAACCCCGCACCUCAGAACCAGUUCAUACAGCCAAACCCCAAACUGUGAUUCACCAGGAACCCACCCCAACAGAGACCUACCCAAACAAUGAGCCCCACAACCAGGAGGUGCAAGGACCAGCAGCACAUCUGGGGUUAAAAGUGGAGACGGUGAACAUUACUGUGCCGGAAAACCACGAUCCUCUGUGGGGUCCGACGCCACAGACAUCCGCAGAAGCCGAACACACAGACCUCUCAGACCUGAACCUUCUCCCUGUGGCUCAGACGAGUGAAGCGUUAAACCCAGCCACAUCAGACUGCAUAGCGCCUCCUCUUAAAGUCAAACAGGAGGAAGCUGAAGUUGAAAUUGUUGAGGUGAAGCAGGAGCAAGUCGACCCAUCCACCUCGGAGGGUCCGGUUAUAGAGCUGCAGCAGGACAUGGGAGGAGCAGGAAUGACCAUGGAGCUGCCAGCGAACAAACAGUGCCUCCAGAUCCCCAGUUCAUCGGUCACUGAACAUUCAGUCUUCAUGGGUGUGACUCCAAGCACAUACACUCAGUCUCAGCUGGCUGUAGCUGGCACACAGAGACACAUGCGUCCCUACUGUAAAGACCUGACCGUGUACGAGGACUACAAGCGCAAACGGAACGAGGUGCGUAAACGCAGCGAGACGAGGCGGCGGGAGCUGGAACAGAGCCUCCCUCAGGCUCUCCUGGCCGACCUGGUGAAGGAGCGCAGAGAGAAGACUCGACUCCGAGUGGCUCGCUGGAGAGCCAAACGCAAGCUGCAGGCCUGUCUGAUGGCACAGACGGCACAUUUCAACAGCACACAGGUACUCUACGCCCAGCGCAAUGGCAGGAGGAGAGGGGUCGCCACCAUGCAGCAGGGAAACAUUAGCCUGGGCGCGGUUCAGUCCGAGUCUGGGGUGUACACCAUGCCACUGCAGAUGGGCACCAGUCCUCUACUGACAGCACAGAGACUCGGCAUGACUGAGGGUCAAAUGCAGCCUGGCGCCAAUGCAUUUCUGCAGCAGAGAACUUCAGCAACCGGAUCAGAGUCCUACCAGUGAUCGGAUGUGUUAUAAAUUAGAUUUUAGGACAGAGA